AUGCAGGAGGGUAAAAGGAAGGUAGUGCAUCUCCCCAUCUUCCGAGCUCCGAGGAUGCGUCAAGGGAUCCCGAUGAUCCACAUGGACACGUCCGAGGUGGAUCACGGGGAAAAUAAGAUAGUCUCCUUCGGGGACAGCGACCGUCAGGCAGAUCAGGAAGGGAUCAAUGAGGCAUCAUCACAUGGCAGUGGGGGCAGGGGCUCACUCCCUCAAAGUGCGGCCCUCGGUCGUUCAAAGAUGGAAUCGCUAGCGUCUGAUCUUACUCCGAAAUCUCGGUAAUCAGUCUCUAUCCACUGUCUAGUCAUCCUCCUCGCUGGCAUGCCUCUCUUCUCUCCUCCCUCCCCAUCCCUCCCUCCUCUCCUUUCUUGCCUUCCUUCCUUCCGGGUGUGCCUUCCCUUCCUUCCUCAACCUUCCUUCCCUAUCCUUCCUUUGCUCAUCCUUCCGUCCUUCCCGUCCUCCCCUCCCGUCCCUCCCUCCCUCACCUCCCUCUCUUCUCUGUCUCUCUUCUCGUAUCUCAUCUUCCUCGGGUAAGAGGAUCCUCUCUCUCAUCCGAUCUCUCACUCUCUCGGUCUGAACCUCUAUUCAUCUCUCGUCUCAAUCUCUCCUCGUCUCGCGCUCCUUCUCUCUCUCUCUCAUCUCGAGUCACUCUGAGGGAGGGGCCCGCCUCUCUCUCUGCGCCCCUUCUCUCUCUCACCUCUACAUCAGUCGUCGUGGCAAGCACGCACUGCUCUCUCUCGUAUGCGUCCUCUCCUUCUCUUAGUGUCGAUAGAACGUCUCUCUCUCCUGGGAUCUGUUAACUCAAAAAUACCCAAGUCACUUCCCUCUACUUGCACUCUCUCGGCCAUUACGAAGCGGCUCUCUACGUAGGCUCGGAACCAGCUCGCCUCCCAAGAGGAAACAUAAAAAAAAAAAAAACAAGCAUCUCUUCUCUUCUCUCUCUCUCUCUCUCUCUCUCUCUCCCUCCUUCCCUCCCUCUCAGACCAACCUGCUAGACCUAAAGGAGCAUGCGUCGUCCCUGGCCUCCUCUGGUCUGAAGAAGGAUUCUAACUUGAAGAGUCGGAUCAUCUCUCUGGAGCAUAGGAAAGAGAGUGAUCAAGAUGAGACCCAGCUCAGAGGCUAUCUUUUUCUCAUUCUCACCCCCUUAAUCAAAAAAAAAAAAAAACACAUACUGUAUCACUGCACUCUGGUCAGUUCUUAGCUUUGCUCCCCAGCUCUGCCCCAGUCAAUGAUAUGGGCCUUCCACUAAACUGAAGUCAGUCCUUAACCCCACUUACCAGCCCUACACUACUCAUUGCCAUUCCGCUGAAAUGAGGUCAGUUCUUACUCACCUCCCUCCUUGUUUGCAGGUCAUCUUCCAAGAACUUCCACUGAGAUCAGCUAUUAACCCUACACCUCGACUCUACCCCAUUCAACUUCACAGGUCUCAGACUGCUUUCAGGUCAGUUCUUAGCCUUGUCCCAGUCAACUCUAUAGCCGUCCCACAGCAAUAGGAUCAGUAAAUGUCUCUCAGUAGACCUGUCCAAUCAGUUAGAGCCUCCUGUAGUGAUGGUCUAGUCAUGACGUCGCUUAGAUAACCCUCCCAACACUGCCCCCAUUCCACUGCAGUCAGCCUUCAACUUGCAUUCAGAUCCGUUCUUAGCCCUAUGCAUCAGUCAUCUACCUAGCCGAUUAGCUGCCCCACUGCACGAGGAUCAAGUUUAAAUGUCCUUGAGAUAAAACCUGUCCAGUCCGUGAUUCUGCUAGUUUAAUUCUCGUGAUGGAAGUCAGUUUCUUAGAACAACACACAUCUAACCUGCCCCAUUCAACGGCACGCCUUCAAACUUCUCCGACCAGUUCUUGUCUUGGCCCAGUCCCUACUAGACCCUUCCAUCGUGUGAAGCCCCUUUGGGUGAUGUCUAGUGUAGUAGCAGCCACUGAAAUAUUCCCAUACUCUUCCUGCCAGUGGAUGACCUGAAUUCUGGGCCUAGUCCCUGUCAUCAUCUGGAAUGUGUGUGUGUGUGUUGUGUUUGUGUUUGUGUGGUGUGUGUGUGUGCACCGUGUGGUGUGUGGUGAGUGAGUGUCGUGUGAGUGAGUGAGUGUGUGAUCAGACCUGAGGUGGGCACCUCCCCUCCUGUCCUUGAGUGUUCACUGUUCUUCACUUUGGAUCUCCUCCUAUUUCUCAUGUCAUUUGUGUUGCUUCUUUUUUCUCUUCCAUUUCUUCCCUCUCUCCUCUCCUUUUUCUCCACCCCUCUCUUUAAAUCCUUCUUUUUCCUAAUGUCUCCGCCAUAAUUUUUUCCUCUAAGUCUACUUUCUCUCUUUCUCUCUUCUUCUCUCUCUCAUCCAUCGCUCCUUCUCUCUCUCUCCCCUCUCUCUCUCUCUCUCUCUCUCUGCUCCCCCCUCGCCUCUCUCUCUCUUGUUUCCUCUUCCCUCAGAUCUCGUCUCUCUCUCUUCUCAGCGUCUCCUCUCUGGUUCCUCUCUCUCUCUCUCUCUCCUCUUCUCGUAGCUCCUCCUCCUCUCUCGGCUCCAAUCUCCUCAUCAGUCCGCUCAUCUGUUUUCGCUCUCUCUCUCUCUCUCUCUCUCUCUUCUCUCAAAAUCUCGCUCUCGGCCUCUCUCUCUUCCCCACCCCCUUACUCUCUGUGUCUCUCUUCCCCCCCCCCCCCCACCCUCCACAUCUCUUUCUCUCUCUCGUUCUGUCUCUCUUCCCCCUCUCCCUCUCUGCCUCUCUCUCUCUCUCUCUUCCCCCCCCCCCUCUCUCUCUUCUGCUCAUCUCUCCUCUCUCUCAUCACCUCUCCUCUCUCUACUCUCCCCUCUCUCUUCUCUCACUUCUGCCCUCGUCGUCUCGUCUCUCUCUCGUGGUGCCCUCCCUCUCCUCCUCUCAUCUCGGUCUCUCUCUCUCUCUCUCUCUCUCUCUACUCUCUCUCGGCUCUCCUCGUCUCCCUCCACUCUCAUCGCGCAAAGCACACUCAUCAUCAUGCUGGUCCUGGUAAAAGAAACAGGAAGUGGCGUGAUCUAUCAAAAUGGCUUGGCAAGAGUCUGGUGAGGGAAAAGAUGGGGCGGGAAGUAGAUGUGGCCAGUCGAGUACGCUGGGGGCUAGGUCACUAACCUUGACGCAGCAGGGGUGCGAGAAGAUGGUAAAAAGUGAGGAAUGCUUAGCGGGAGGGACGGCACCAAAGGCCGAGCAGGCAGAGGAAUUCAGCGCCUACGAGUGAGGUUCUGGCAGGAUAGACUGCAAGGAAGGGGUGUCAAAUCUCUCUCUCUUCAUUUCCCCACCCUCUUAACUCUCUCUGUUCAUCUUCGCUCCCCCCCCCUCAUUCCUCUCUUAUGUCUCUCUAGCCCUCUUCGCUGCCCCCCUCCCUCUCUCUCCCUUCCCUCUCAUUUUCCUCCUCCUAAAGCGUCCUGAGCUCAAAUGUCCGACCAUCCCUACAAUCCUUGUAAGUGCCCGUGGUGUGAAAUUCCUCCCAGCGGUGUGUGCCCAGGCAAGCAUUCACUGUCUGUGUGUGUUGUGUGUGUGUGUGUGUGUGUAUGGCAUUCUGUGCACCUCACCAUGAUUGAUUGAGUGUGUGUUUAUAGUUUGUUCUUGCUUCACAGUUCCCAAUCAUCUCCAUUCAACUUUAGCUAGCCUUGGCUUCCAUCCCCAGUGCACUAGCUAGCUGCAGGCCAUCCGUAUGUCUGAUGGCUAUGCCUGGAUUCUCCCUCAUUUGUUUCACGAUGUAAGCUCACUGGUCUUGACAAUGCUCCUUGACUCGCAGUGGGAAUGACCAGCUAUGUUCAUUUCUGAAGGCCCUUUGUGGAGUGAGUUUGUUGUGUGUUUUUAACACCGCAUCCUGUUUUGUAACCAGGGCUUCUAUAGUGGUCAGAACGUACGAACCACCUCGAUGACAUGGAGAUCACAUACGCUGUCCACGUGUUUGUCACUUCAAAGAGUCUAUAAAACACAACUCCACAUCCUCUCCAUUCCGACCUUCUUCCUCACUCUUUCUCUCCUCUUCUUUCCUUUCCCAUGGCUCUGCCAAUGCUGGCUGGGAGUGUGUGUGUGUGUGUGUCUGUGUGUGUGUGUGUGUGUGUGUGUGUUCACACGGACUCGUAUAGAGCCGGGGGUGUUUGUGAGACGGUUCCUGACAGCCUUACAGACGUGUUCACAGUUGGAUGAGACAGGUGCCGGCGUGCCCGCGCGACCUGACAGUGUUUUUUUGUGUGUGUGUCUGGUGUGUGUGUGUGUGUGUCUGGUGGUGUGUGUGUGUGUUGUGUGUGUCCGGGUGUGUGUGUGUUGUUGUGUGUGUGGUGUGUGUGUGUGUUUGUGUGUGUGUGUGUGAUCCAAUCAGUUAGCCUCCCUGUUAUGUGAUGUCUAGUCAAGAGUCAGCUCUUAGAUGAGCCCUCCAACCUGCCCCAUUCAACGGCACAGCCUUCAAACUGCAUUCAGAUCAGUUCUUAGCCCUAUGCAUCAGUCAUCUACAUAGCCGAUUAGCUGCCCCACUGCACUAGGAUCAGUUUUAUGUCCUUGAGUAGACCUGUCCAGUCAGUGAGUCUGCUAUGUGAUGUCUAGUGAUGGAGUCAGUUCUUAGACAAACACUCCAACCUUCCCCAUUCAAACUGCUCUACCAGACCAGUUCUUAGCUAUGGCCCCAGUCCCUUACUAGACCUGUCCAGUGUGUGAGCCAGCUUUGUGAUGUCUAGUGGAGUAGACAGCCACUGACAGAUCCCAUACUCUUCCUGCCAGUGGAUUGACAAUGAAUUCUGGGCUAGUAGUGUAAUCAAUGAUUUGUUGUAUGUGGUGUUUGGUGUUGUGUGUGGUGUGUGGGUUGUGUUGUGUGGUGUGUGACUGUGUGUGGUGUGUGUGUGUGUGUGUGUGAGUGAGUGUGUGUGUGAUCAGACUCUUGAGUGGCACUCUCCCUCCUGUCCUUAAAGUGUCACUGUUCAUUCACUUUGAUCUCCUCCUGUUUCUCAUGUCAUGUGUUCUUGUUUUUAUUUCUUCCACCUCCUCCACACUUACUUAAUAAGAAUUCUAAGUAUCAAAAUAAUUU